UUGGCUUACACGUGUGUGUGUGUGUGUGGGGCGCCAAGGAAGGCCUGCGCUUGUUUUCUCUCACUUGUUGCAACAGUUGGUUUUACAAACGAUGCUGCUCUGACACUGAAAUCUAGAAACUGGAAAAUAUCGUACUGUUUCAUGGACAGUGGCUUUAAGAGAAUGUUCAAACUUGACAUUGAGGCUACUCAAUCAAAAUCAGUAAAGAGUAAAAAACAAAUUGAAAUAAUUACCACCAACAACCAGAACAAAGAAUUCAGUGAGAAACACAAAUCUGAAGGGAAGAAAAAGAAAAAGCAUAAAGUGAAAACUAUUCUAAAUGAGGCAAAUGCAUUGGAACUUCCUUCAUACCCUGAAGCGUGCAGUGAUCUAAAGUCAGUUAAGAAGAAGAAAAGCAAAUCUAAAAGUUCGAGCAUUCUAGAAGAGGAUCAAGGAUCCAAGAUUGAGAAAAAAUUGACAAAGGAAGAGAAUCCACCAGAAGGAGAAAUUCAGGAGAAUGUAUGUAGUGGUUUAAAAAAGAAAAAGAAAAAAAAGUGUAAACAAGAUGAUUAUUCUGGCCCACAAACCUUUUCUGAGGGGAGUCAUAGAAAAAUGUGUCAGGAUGAAGUAAGCAGAGUUCAGAAUGAAACCAAACAUGUUAAGAGAAUAAAAAAAGAUGAUGUCAAACAUGUCGAUGUGGAAGAAGGCUCAACUCUAAGUACCAAGACUUCAGAUGGUACUGCAGAUGAAAUGACAGAAGCACCUUGUGUUGCUGUUGCCAAAAGUAUGAAGAAAAAGAAGCGAUCUCACACAGAGAAUAUUGAAACACAUGAAGGUGAAAAAUCACCAAAGAAACAAAAAAGAGACAAACAUUCUGGUGAACUCAAAACUGGGAAUGACCAAUUCAUCCAAGCAGAUGUGAGGAAGCAAGAAGAUGAUCAAACAGUGGACAACCAGAUGAAUCAGACAGACAAAAAAUGCACAAAAAAGAAAAAGAAAAAAAAGCUACAUUCCAAAAGACAUCUGUUGGAACCAAAAGAGGAGCACAGUGAACCCCCAUCUAUGGAGAAUGAGAGAAAUGAAUUGGAACAAACAGAAAGAGUCACUGAGUGCAUUACGAAAUUGAAAAAGAAGAAAAGGAAAAGAUCUAUUAGUGCUGAAGGGGAAGAAAUUGAGAAAUUGGAUAAAGAGAGAAUUAAAUUCAACAAAACUAGUAAUGCCUGUAAAUCCCAAAAUUCCCCAUCCAAAGUGACUGCAAAAGGGGAAAAGCAGGCAACAGCAUUAGAUGUUCCUGAAGAAUCUGUAAAAAAGAAAAAGAAAAUUAGAAGGGAAAAGAAAGACACCUCAGCUGGGACCCAAGUUUUUAAAGUAAAAGCAGAGCAAUGCGACAGUGAUGAUUUGCAGAUUAUAUCUGAAAGAAAAGGAAAUUUAUUUGAAGUGACAAUAGACAAGGCUAGACGGCAGGCAUUGCAAGAAGAAAUUGACCGAGAAUCUGGUAAAACAGAUACUUCAGAGCCAAGAGCUUCUUCUGAAAUCAAGCCAUUGUGUACAGGUACACAAUGGGACACAGCCACGUUUGAAAGUGUGGAUAAGAAAAAUAAAUUCUUGAGACUUAUGGGUGGAUUUAAAUCUUCAAAUCAACCUCAAUCAACUGGACAUGUUUCUGGGAAGCCCAACAUGGCACUUAACAAGCAAGAAGAACAAAAAUUUAACAGUAUUCUGCAAAAGGAAUUUGAUAAAGCAUUGAACCUUCGUCAAAAUCGAGGCACUGGCCUGGGCUUCCAAGCUUCUCCAGAUCAUGCUAAAACAAAAACUUUUUUUAUAGAUAAGCAUGCCUCAAAAUCAAAGAAGUUUGACUUAGACUAAAGGCAGUAUCAAUGCAGGUUAGUUUCAAAACAUGAAACAUGGUACAAUUACUUUAUUUCUGAAGAAUAUGUUGCUCUCCUUCAAGGCAUUUGUCUUCCUGUACAGGAGUUACAUAGUUGUAUCGCAGUAUUGGGUUCAGCUCUUUGCUUUGUCCAACCCAAACUUGUUUAAUUGUAGUUUGAAUCUGAAGCAUGGCAAUUGCAUUCAUAGUCUACAAUGUAGAUGGAAACUAGAUCCUGUCAUUUAUUUUAAAUAUUGGAUUUCAUCUUGAACAUAGAAUUGGAUUGGCCCUAGAUUGACCAAAUUCAGGUUGGCAUAGCUUCUCCGCCCCCCUCAAUUUUUGCUUUUACAGUUAAAAUUAGGCUAUUUCUCUCAUCGUGAUUUUUUUUCUCUAUCUGGACAAUAAAUCACAAAGCUUAAUUGCAGCCUGGUGUAGUUCAGUAUAUGAGUUAUUACAAUUUUUGUAACCUGCAAAGAAAAUUUCAGUAUUUCAAUAGGAAACAAAAUCAAUAAUUGAAUUAAUGAGUAUUUUGCAGUGAAUAAAUAUUCUGUCCAAAUAGUUUAUGGCAGCUACUUGAGCACCAAAAUUUGAGCUCUUUAAUAAUUAAAAGAAAACUUGUACAAUAAUUUCCCAAUCUAGUCUUUCUUUCCUAGUCAAUUGUUCAAACAAAAAUCUAGGUGAGAGAUUGAGCCCUGUUUCAUUCACUUUUCUGGCAUUAAAUGGGUACUCAAUACAACUCAUUUGGCAGUGUUAACUUGUGUGCACAAAGGGAGCCUGAAUUACAAAACUGCAGCACUGGUUUGGACAACAUUUUUUUAAGGCUCUGUUUCCGAGUCCCCCUCAGAGCUUCAUUCCUGACUGCAGUCCCCUCAACUUUCUGAUUCUUGCUCUGACAUGUAAAGGAACCACUUGGAGACACUAAUAAGUUCUAGAAUUUUAACUUGGCUAAUGUGUAGCCAAGAGCAGUAGCAGUGCCUCAGUAAUACUGUCAGCCUGCACUCAGUAACCACUUCUUCAUCCCCAUCACCACUCACCUAUUCUCCUUUCUCCCUUGCCACCACCUGGUGCUAAUUGAAUAUCCUCUUGAAUGGUCAGUUGGUAUUCUGCAAUUCAGCAGAAUAUGGCUGAUGAGACCAAAACUUAUUUUGAUAUUCACUGAAAACAUACUGAACACUUUAAAUGGCUUAAGUACAUCAGUGAAGAUGCUAUGAAUUAAUUUUAGGCUUUGCCAGGACCAUUUCUAGACUAGACUUCAUUAAAGCCUCAGUUCAAACUUGGAUAAGAGAGCUAAAUUUCCAAGAGGAGGUGAGAGUGACUGUUCUUGACAGCCAAGCAGCAUUUGAUUGAUUGUGGCAUUCAAGGAGCCCUUGUAAAGGAUAUUUGAAUUUUGGGAUAAACUCUCCAUUAGUUGGAGUUAUUCCUACACAGAUGAAGAUGGUUGUCAUUGGAGGUCAAUCAUCUCAGCCCAGGACAUUGUUGUAGGAGUUCUUCAGGGCAGGAUCCUGAUCCAGGCAAUCUUCUCCUUCAUAAUGACUUUCCUUCUAUCAUUAGGUCAGAAAUGGGAAUGUUCACUGAUGAUUGCUCCAUAUUCAGUUCCAUUUGCAACAGCUUAGAUAGAGAAGCAGUUUGUGCUUGCAGGGUGCAAGGCCUGGACAACUUUCUGGUAUUGGUUUCUGACCCAAUCACAUGAAUAUUCCGAUUUCAAGGGCAGGUCAGAAAUUUGCGGUCCUGUAGCAAAUGACCCCAACCUCCAAAACCUUUCAAACACAAAUAAGGAAUGUAUUGCUCUUGUCUGGAUGAUUGCAGCUACAACAUUACUGAAGCAGUCCAGCGACAUCCAGAACAAUCUGUUUGAUUAAUACUAUUGCCACAUUGUGGCUGCAUUGUUUAUCAUCCACAAACUGAUUCUAGCAACUCAAAGGUGUCUUCAACAUUAUGUCCCACAUUUCAAACUGCAGGGAAGUGCUACCAACUUCAAACUGUACUCCAAGGCACAACCAUCUUCACAGGGAAGUGUAUAGCCUUCCUUCAUCAUUGCUGGAACUCCCUGUACAACAGCUUGGUGAGAAUAAUCUCACUACUGCAGCAGGUCAAGAAUGUGGUUCUCUGCUAGCUGAACAAGGGCAUUUUGAGAUGGUAAAUAAAUCCUAGCCUUGUCAGUAAUAUUCAGUAGUUUCCAUAAAUAGAUAAAAUUCUCAUUUAGUUCUGUGUAAUGCACACUGUUUUUCUUCCAACACUAUCUGCUUGCCGUUUCCCAGCUUGAUGGGCUUCUUAAAACUUGCCUUUUAGUACUCAUCACAAAUUUGUAUUUUAGCCACCGAUUCCGUCUUGGUUUAUUUCUUGAGCUAAACAUUUCAAAAGACUUUAACAGACAUUUGAAUUACAAGAGAGGUGAGGGACAUAGAGAGAGAAAGUGAGAAGGUAGUGUUGAGGCCACGAUCGAAUCCGUCAUGAUCUUAUUGAAUGGCAUAUCAGACAUGAGGGGGCAAUUGAUCUCCUGCUUACAUAUUUUGUGUUCUAAACUAGCCUCUUAAGUUUUAAUAUCCUAUUUGACUCCAAGCCAUGAUUUAAUCUCUCCAACAUACAGCAAUGAUCAAAGUAUUUAAAUUCAGUACAAUAUUAGUGAGUCAUCUCUUUAGUUACCAGUACCAUAUACUGAUUUUGUGAUUUCCAGCAGAACCCUCCAGAUACUACAGUGAUCUUAAAAUAAAGUUUGAUUUUAAUUCUAAAAUUGGGUUACAUGUACAUGUUGGUGGCACAUUCUUCUAAAUUGUAUAAUGUGUGCCUGCCAUUUAGAAUCUCAUUUCUAACUGCUGUUGCUCCAUUUUCAUCUGGAAUGAAUUCUUUUACACUUCAAGUAUUUGGGUUGAGACUUCCAUUUCUCUGGGUAACUCCUCAGCUGAAGAUUUGAACCUGGAUAAUCACUUGAUUCUCAAGGUAGUCUACAUCAUCGGAAUUAACUGCUUAUAAAUAUGUGCAAGCAGAUUUUACUUAACUUAAAUUUUGGGGGUUGGGGAAGAUGCCAUUUGCAAACAUUGGAAAUGAGGGUCUUCCUGUCAUAUUACAAUAUGCAAUGUCUAUGGAUGUGUAUUGCUCCAUAAUUUGUCCACCUACCUCUGUCAGUCUCUAGGCCAUAUGACUCAGAUGUCAUACACAAGUAUUUAAUUUGUUUCACUGGAGUAGUCAAGCCAGAAUGUAAAAAGUGUCACUUAUGGUAUUAAUAAAGCAGCUGUGAAAGGGUAAGUCUUUCAAGACUGCAUAAUCAUUUCACUAAUUAAAUGCCUAAGUGCAUAGAAACUCCUGUAAAUUAAAUUCACAACUGUCAACUGACACAUCAACUGCUUUUAUAGACAAAGACAGGAAAAUGUAAAUUGGAACCAUCAGAUGAAAUAAUUACGGGUUAAUCCAGUCUAAUGUGGAUAUACAUCAGUGAAUUUCCUUCCAAGAUUCGUGUUGAAGACUCGUUACAUUUCAUGUUUUUUUUACUAUGAAGGGACAGCACAAGGAAACUGUGGCUUCAAACCAGUUGGAUUGUGUCCAGUAGAAUAUGUUUUGUGCGUAAAAUUAAAGAAAAGUUAGGUUUAUGUUUCUCUGAACUUUUUAACUUGUCAAACUGCAAACGUACUUGGCUCUUUCUUCAUACAUCCUCACUGACUUGAAAUCAAGCCUCGCCCCAAAUUCCCAGCUCUCAAAUUGUUAGGAUGUGGCGUCAUCAUCCACCCCCGCCCCUCACCAACUUACAGAUGCUUAAAAUGAACCCAUACUAACAAAGCUGCCUGCUGGAAUACAGACGAUACUCGAUAUAACCCUGCUCCAGCUUUCUUUUCAAAGAUGCAAAUGAUCUGUGUCUCAAAUCUUCUCUACAGCAUAUCAUUCCUUGCUCCAACAAUCUGUGCAUAAAUUGCUUUCUGAUCAUUUUAAAUUUAUGACCCUACAACACCAACAACAAAUAGUCUUUUGCAUAUUCAUUUUUCCAAAUCCCUUAAAGGUUUUAGGAAUUCAUAUUUAAAUUUUGCUAUCUGUCCUCUAAUUGAAAAUGUCUCACUACCUCAAGUCAUAAUGAUAGUUUUUCACCACUCUGGUGAAUCCAUGUUCUUGACUUUAACAUUUUAAUAGAGCAUCAAACUGUACACAUCAGAGAAACUUGACCUCAUUUUGUUUUGUAUAAAUUCAUCAUUUUGUGUCUUUGUACUUUGUGCUUUAUUUAUAAAUCAUCAGUAUUGAUUUAUUAAGUAAUGUGCAUAUAUUUUAAAAAAAAG